UAGUCCCCGCUUCCGGCCGUCGCAGGCCUUUUCCGCCUGUUCUCUGCCUGCCUUGUUUCCGCUCCUCGGGUCGCUCUGGCCUCUGGGCCCGGGUGCCUCAGUACUUUCCGCCGUACCCAGGGAUUCGCUCCGCAUUUCGACUCUCUCCGGGGCUCGGAGCCACGCGGCGGUGCGUCUUGGUGGCGCCGCCCGGGUCGAGGCCUGCCGCGCCGCGGCGAGUUCGUGCAGACCUGACCCCGCGUCUCCCCAGCUCCGUUGAGGCCGCCGCCUCGGGAUGCCCCGGCUGGGGUCCGCGCCGCGCUGGGCGGCCGCCGCGGGCCGUUGGGGCUGCAGGCUGCUCGUGCUGCUGCUGUUCCUGGUGCCGGGCCCCGGCGGCGCCUCCGAGAUCACCUUCGAGCUGCCCGACAAUGCCAAGCAGUGUUUCUACGAGGACAUCACGCAGGGCACCAAGUGCACCCUCGAAUUCCAGGUUAUUACAGGUGGUCACUACGAUGUAGAUUGUCGACUAGAAGAUCCUGAUGGUAAUGUGCUCUACAAGGAGAUGAAGAAACAGUAUGAUAGUUACACCUUCACAGCCUCCAAAAACGGGACAUACAAAUUUUGCUUUAGCAAUGAAUUUUCUACUUUCACACAUAAAACUGUAUAUUUUGAUUUUCAAGUUGGAGAAGACCCACCUUUGUUUCCUAGUGAGAACCGAGUCAGUGCUCUUACCCAGAUGGAAUCUGCCUGUGUUUCAAUUCAUGAAGCUCUGAAAUCUGUCAUUGACUAUCAGACUCACUUCCGACUGAGAGAAGCUCAAGGCCGAAGCAGAGCUGAGGAUCUGAACACGAGAGUGGCCUACUGGUCAGUAGGAGAAGCCCUCAUUCUCCUGGUGGUUAGCAUAGGGCAGGUAUUCCUCUUGAAAAGCUUCUUCUCCGAUAAAAGAACCACAACAACUCGCGUUGGAUCGUAGUUUGAGAAUUGAUGCACCAUUGCCGCUGUAAUAUUGCUGUCCUCCAAUUGAUUUUAGGUGCCGAAGAGCUUGACAUGGCAACAUUUUUAGGACCUUACUCAUACACUUGUUGGGGGGCGGGGGGGAUGUAUAAUGCAUAUCCCCAAGCUGUGGAAAGGACACCUUUUUUUAUUUGUAAAGGUAGAAAAACUUUGGGACUUAUUUUGGGCUAUUCAUAAAUAUUCAACACAAGGAUCUAUACUUUUCUGGGUUGUUUCUAUCUACUCUUCACACACUAAACUUUGGUAAUUUUGAUUCCUCUUAUCCUUUUAAAACUACUUUUCUUGUAAGCAGUGGAUAUUUUAAACAAAGCCUUCAAUUUAAUGUCAACGUGUUGUGGAGGAAGAAAAUUACCUUUUAGUUGUUUAUAGUAAAUAAAGUUUUGUUUUUAAGGAAACCAAAUGUGAUUAACUGUAGCCCAAGCCCUAUUCUGCAUUGUUUAAUUUUAUGAGGAAAAAAUCUACCAUAGAAAUGUUAGUUAAUAUUGAUAUAAUUUUAAAUUGACACAUCAUGGUUUAAUUUAUUUCUCAGUAGCUUGGAAAAUGUCAUUCUUGUUGUUUGGGUUUAUUCUAUGAUCUAUGAGCAGAUAUGUCCUUCUUUUCAUAGAGACAUUCUUACCACACAGGAACUAGUAUGUUUCAGUAACAGAGUUUACAGAGACCUUAAAAAUCAGACUGUUAACAGGUAGAACAAUCACAGAAUAAAUUAAGACACUACAAUGGGGAGCAAAUGACAUGAGAAAACUUGUAGUGAGUUAUCAGCACACAUUACAUUUUCAGUGCUUUUACAAAGAAAAAAGGUGAUCUGUUUCAUUAAACGUUGAAUUGGCUGAUUCUUGCUCUAAUGUGGCUUUAAUAUCGAGAGUCACUCCUAGCUUUAAUUGACAGUUGUUCAUAUAAAAGUUGUAACAGUGCCAUACAUUUUAUUCUGGUGGGUGUGAUGCACUGAGAAGUUAGUUUCUUUGGUUUUUUUCUUUCUUUUUCUUCUCUGUUUUUUGGGGUUUGUUUGUUUUUUGUCUUGCACAUGUAAUUUCUACAAUCUCUGAUUUAGCAGCCCUAAGAUGAUUUAAAAAUUUAGAAUGCUGUGUGUGUGUUUCUUAUUUGAUAAUCUUCAUUGAUUGUACUGCAUUUAAUGAGUAUUAAAUAGUGCAUUUUCUGUACACUAUA